GCCACACCAUGUCAGCUGAUCACCUUCACGUCAGUGCUGUCAUCUGUCACGUUAGUUUAAAUUUCCAUUAAUUAGAAAAAUAAAUAACGUAAAUAUGAAGCAGUAAAUCACAAAAAACCAUAUCGAAUUCCAUUUUAAAUAAAUUUCAAGCAAUUCCGACUGAAAAAAUGACGACACAACAAAACAUCCAAGGUGACAAUCAAAUUCAAUGUUUUCAAAUAUCAUCCACCUCAGACAUUUAUAAUCGCCCUUUCCUAUCAAACUACCAAAUCAGGGGUAGACCUACAUACCGCAGAUCUAUUAAUUUUACUAAUCAUUCCCCAGUUAUGAUCCCGAACCGACAAUCCAUUCAUGAUCCAAAUAAUUCUAUAUCUACAAGGACGGCAUUAGUUUCAGUUUUUAUAAUUUUUUUAAGUUCACUCUUUGCGUUGUUUUUAGUGUAUAAAACUUUUCCUCAAGUCACUGAGGAAGAACGGCAACACAUCAAAUUGCCAUGGAACAUAGAAGACGCUAAACAAUUAGGAAUUGUUUUAAACAGAUAUAAAGCCGACCAUUAUUUCCAAGUAAUGACUGGAGUUUUUACUGCUUACAUUUUUCUUCAAACAUUUGCAAUUCCGGGUUCGCUAUUUCUUUCAGUCCUUUCAGGAUUCCUCUUUCCUUUCACGGUGGCUCUGACCCUAGUUUGCACUUGUUCAGCUGUAGGAGCCUCCUUAUGUUUUCUAUUGUCCCAACUGUUGGGACGAAAACUAGUUCUAAAGUAUUUCCCUGAAAAAGCUGCUGCAUGGGGCCACCAAGUGAAUAAACACCGUGACAAUUUGUUCAACUACGUAUUAUUUUUAAGAAUAACACCAUUUUUACCCAACUGGUUUAUAAAUUUAACUGCACCUGUGAUAGGAGUCCCGUUGGUGCCUUUUGCUCUAGGAACAUUUUUUGGAGUUGCACCACCUUCAUUUAUUGCCAUUCAAGGUGGACAAACGUUGCAAAAUAUGACUGCUGAUGAUUUUAAAAUAAGUGCUAGUUCAUUGGUUACAUUGGCGGUGUGUGGGAUCAUCCCGUUGUUACCCAUUAUUUUUAAAGGAUGGUUGAAAAAGAAAAUUGAAUAAAAUUUUAAUUUUUUGUUUCUACUUAAAUUGGUUGUUAAAUAAAUCCACAAUAGCUCAUUCCGUUUUGUAAAAACAGAGUAGGAUAUUAGUUGUCAUAAACUAUUUAUUUUGAAAUAAAAUUUCCGUUUGUUAAAAA